CGGAAUGCCCGCUUCCAGUCAACGCGUUCAAGGUCGUUGAAACGAAACGGCGGACAGAUUUGAAAGGGAUUACCGUUUUUACCUUGCCGUGUGUGCGUUGGGUCCUAUGAGUAUUAAAUGUUUCCAUAUAUAAGUCAUCUUUUGAUGCAUAAUAAACACUAAAUAACUGCUAAGAGCAUUAACUGAGUAUUUUCUGUUUUGUAGUGCACACUUUAGCUCUGUUGUUCCUUCGAAACUUGAUCUGUGGUCCUAAGUGCUGUAGUGAAAGUCAACAGCUAUAUAUAAUUUGUUGAUAAGGUCCAGAAAACAACGUAAGAAAGAUAAAAUAACGUAAAAGGUUAUAGAUGCGCCUAGUUUUUGUGAGUUAAGACGAAAUGUCAACUGAAGGGUAAGUCCUAAAUAUUUGUUGUUCUUCCUUCAGUUAAUUUUUUUCAAGGAAUAACCUUUUUUUAAUAAUUAUUGUAUGUUGUCUCUAGUGCUUCAUGCUCAAAUGAAAUUUCAGUGAACGUAAGCGACGCGUUCCAACGUAUUAUGCUGAACAAGAGAUUCGGAAGCUGGAUUGAAUUAGAUAAUGCGCUAAAGGAUUUCCAUAAAAUGACCAAUACACACUAUGUUCACGCAGGAAGUAGAUUGUUGAAGGAUGUGAGAUAUAAAUACUUGUUCGUAGUGUUUCGUUGCACGUUUGGUCGUAAACGUAAAUCAGAAGGUCUGAAUGUGAAUAAAAAACCGUCUAAAUUUUUAAAUUGCCAAUCGAUGUUUCGCGUAAGAUUGGAGGGUCAACAAUACGUUAUAAAAUCUUACAACAUGUCUCACAACCAUCCGUGUACUAGUUCGUGGAUGGUUUGUGAUCCGUUGAGUAGACGAUUGUCAUCAGAAGAAAAAGAAAACUUGAAACCAGUUGUAUUGCACUGUCAGUCGACGGACGAAGUUAUCGGAAGUAUUAAGGAAAGAACAGGUAAGCAGGUGAUCGCUGCUGAUGUCAAAAAUAUGAAAGCUGAACUCUCCACUGGUAAGUGUAUAUAAAUAUAUUUCAGGUUGGACUCGGAAGCAGGUAUUGCAGAUGAUGCGACAAAACGGUGAAGUUAGAGAGCAUGCAGAAAAUGGAUGUAUUACGGCGAUAUGCUUCAGCAGUUAU